UAAAACGGAACAUCUAUUUUAUUUGUUGCGGUUCAGGAGGACAACUUGUUAGAUAGCUAGCUCAAUUAUCUGCGACGAGCACUUGUUAAAUUCACAGAUAACCUAAUCUGCGUUUUUGAUUUAUCUCGAAGAGCCUGUUUACACCAUAUUUCCACGGGAGAACACCUAUGGUCUCUGGAGAAGUCGCAUGGUUACUGGAGAAGAUGCUAGCUAUGCGCCAAUUUCUACCUAACACAAUGACCAACUACAGAGCUUUUCAUACACAACUGUCGUCCAUCAUGGAUGCGUUGACCAAAGCAGCGGUGGCAGAUAUCUGCGAGCUCGUAGAUGACAGUUAUGCUGUUUUACAAUUGGAAAUCUCUCGAAGCCACAAAGAGAAUGAGGCAUUGAAAAGGAAACUCGAGUUGAUCGAGACCAUCAUCGCGCGUGGGCAGAGAGCGAAUAUGGCUGAAACAAACCACCAAGCUAACGUUGAUUCCCUCAAUGCCGAACAUUCUUCAUCUGGAAGGGCUGCCUGUACCAAGCAGUCACAUGAAAAUCUAAGAAGAGCUGGAAAGAUCACAACUGUUCGGGAAGCCACAGAACAGUCUGAAAAUAAAGAGGUGGUUUUGCAGGUACCUGAGGAGGAGAAGAUCGGGCUUGACAUAGUCUUAAUCAAGGAGGAGAAGCUGGGCGGGGACUUGGAUAGUAGUAAUGACACACAGGAUGUUCUGCUAUUCAGUGAGAAGGGUACUGAAGCGUCGUAUGGUGAAGUGGAUGACAGUGAAGAAGGGCCAUCCAGAAUAACCUCCUCCACCAUGACUACGAGGGAGUGGGACAGAAGUGGAGAGGAUAGUUGUAACCGAUCCGAGCAGGGGAACGAGAGUUCUCAGAGGACUCCCCAGUUUUUGCGUUCUAAGUUCACGGCCGGAAGAUGGAACCCCCUGAGCCUUGACUACACGCUGCAUGAGACACCCAGUGAGUCUGGGUCCAGUCCACCGGGGGGGAAUGAUGAAAUGGAGACAGUGGAACCGGUUUAUGAUUUCCCUUCAGAAACCGACACCGUCCCCUCUACUCACCCGACAGGGAAACGGUUUCCCUUUGAACCAGACAGUAGUCCAAAUUCUCUCGCUGGGAAUUUCGAAAUGAAAAGAGAAGUUUCCAUGGUCAGCUCUCUACCCUACGACGUGGAACUGGAUAUGUGUUCUUCAUGGAGCAACCAGGAUAUGCUGGGAAUGGUUUCCAUGCAGGACGGGAAAUACCUGAAACCGGACCGCAGGGAAUUGCUGCUUGACAAGGUUGCAGACUUGAGCUCUGCCCAUUAUCAAAUGACUGCCGCCGGACUUCACGCUGCGGCCAAGUAUGACAGCAGAGACAGCAAGCGUUUUAUUUGCACUUUCUGCAGCAAGUGUUUUACAUCGUUGCGAAAUCUGGAGACACACCUGCGGGUUCACACAGGAGAGAGACCAUACAGCUGCACCCAGUGCGGGAAGAGGUUCACCCAGUCUGGCCAUUUGAAAACGCAUCAGAGUGUACACACCGGAGAGCGGCCAUUUGCCUGCGAGCAGUGUGGUAAAAGGUUUGCAGGGAAACAAAAUUUGAGGUUACACCAACAGAAAAACCACCCUAAUCUGUGAGGUGUAAGGUUAGUUGAGAGCUCCACGAACACAGUUAUGCCUAACAUUUUUAGAACCAUUUAGACCAGAACCUUGACACUGUUUGACGUCUAAGUUUGAAUAUUAGUAAUGAAGAAUAGGCUAUUUUGUAUUUUCACACUGAUGAUAUGUUUUGAUGGAUGAACUCCGCAAGAAUGGUGGAGGUGAAAAACAUGGUCUAACAUUGCGAUGCUCUAAUUUCAAUUUUUGUUCCAUUUAAUUGCCUUUGAAAAGAUACAGUUGAUAAUAUUUAACCCAAUGAAAUAAAGCUAUUUGAUGAGACGUUA